AUGUCGAAUUCAAAGAAAAAUAUUGAAUUGAACAAGAAAGAGGUGAUAGAAAAACUUAAAAGAGGUGAAUUUAUUGCUAAAGCAGAAGCACCAUCAUCAUCACACGGUAUGUUUUGGGAACACUUAUUUCGAAUCAAGUCUUCUAACAAUGAAUAUCAACCAUUUGUUCAAUGCCAGUUAUGUCAUGAUAUAUUAGCAUAUUCAAUAGCAAAUGGAACUUCUACAAUUAGUAAUCAUGUUAAAAAUUGUCUCAAUAAAUUAAGUAAACCAAAGAACAACAAAAUUCUUGAUGAUUUUUUAUCAAAAUCUACAGAAGUUAAUGUAACUGUAAAUGAUAAAAGAUCUAUUACAGUUGCUUGUGCCAAAUUUUGUUCAUUUGAUCUUAGAUCUUUCAAUAUUGUUAAAGGCUCCGGUUUCACGUCUUUUUGUCAAAGUUUACUUAAUCUUGGUUAUCAAUAUGGUUCAGCUAAACUUGGUGUACCUUCAGCAAAUUCAUUAUUACCUGAUCCAACAAAUAUUUCUCGUACUGUUGCUCAAUUAGCUGAAGAGUAUCGAGAAAAAUUAAAGGAUAUUCUGAAGAAAGAUUUACAAGAAGUUAAACUUGUAGGAGUAUCCACAGAUUAUUGGAAAAAUUCUGGUACUGGUGAAAAUUAUCUAACAAUAAAUAUUCAUUAUUCAAAAAAUGAACAAUUAGUCACAUAUAUGUUACGUACUUCUUUAUUUGACCAAUCAAAAACUGGUGAAAAUACAAGAAAAAAAAUUUUUUCAGUAUUAUCUAAUUAUGACAUUGAUCCAUAUAAUUAUCAUAUUGUUUAUAUCACUGACAAUGGUUCAAAUCUUAUUUGUGGUUUACAAGGUGAGGUGCAUCUUCGGUGUAUUUGUCACUGUCUUAAUUUGGCUUUACAUAAUGGUGUUGAUUUAUGUCCAAGUUUGGAAUUAUUAAUUAAAUCUUGUCAAGGUUUAUGUACGCAUUUUAAAAGGUGUGAAAUGAAUCAAUUGUUGUCUACAAGUUUAAAAUUGAACGUUGAAACACGUUGGAACUCAAUUCAUGACAUGAUGGAAUCCAUAUCGAUAAGUUAUCAAAAAUGUGAAGAUCUUCUACUUGAUCGAAAUGAAACGUAUUAUUUGGAUGAUAUUGAUCGUAAAUUAAUACUAGCUCUAGUUAAAUUUUUAUCAUUAUUCAAAACUGCUAGUGAACAAUUAUCUGCUGAUACAACACCUACUCUUCAUUUAGUUGUUCCUUGGUUUACAAAAUUAAAAAAUUCAUGUGAACAAAAAGGUGAUGAUCCAUUACUAUUAAUUCAAUUUAAAAUAGCCGUAUCUAAAAUGCUGGAUGAAAAGAUUUACUUGACAUCUUUACAUUAUAUAGCUACUUUCUUAUAUCCAGUUACGAAAAAGCUUUCAACAUUGAACAACAAAUUGCGAAAUGAAAUUUAUGCUGAUACUCGUAAAAUAAUAAAAACUUUAGGUAUACAACAAGAAAAUCGGUCGACAAUGUCGACAAAAACAAUUGAUGUUGUUAAUAAUUCAAGAAAAAAAAAGAAAAAUGAUUUUUUUAUGGGAGAUGAUGUUAUGCAAGAAUUUGCAGGGGAAAUUGAUGAAGAUUGUGAUGACAAUUUGGAUGAAAUUGAUCGUUAUAUCAACACAAAGCUUUCUUUUUCAAAAGAUGAUACUUUGUUAGGAUGGUGGAACAAGCAUUCUUUAAUAUUUCCACAACUUUCCCUAUUGGCAAAAUCAAUAUUUGCGAUUCCUGCAAGUUCAGCUACAUCGGAACGUAUUUUCAGUUCUGCAGGUCGUAUUUUGGAAAAAAGAAGACAAUCAUUGAAACCUGGUGUUGUUGAUGAUAUUUUAAUGAUUAGAAACUUUCGAGAAAUUUAG